AUCGGGUCUGCGUUCCGGCACCCACCCGCCCUCCUGCCCUCCCCCGCCUCUCCGUCCCCCAGCUCGCGGGAAGGGAGGUCGCGGCAGCGGCCCGGCGGCAGCGGCGACCGUGGCGACAGCAGCGACAGUGGCGGCGGCGGUGGCGGCAGCGGCUGCGGCGGCGGCGGAGGCUGCGGCGGCGACCGUGGCAGAGGCGGUGGCGGAGGCCUCCGUGGCGGAGGCGGAAGCAGAGGUAGAGGCUGAGGUGGAGGCCGAGGCCUCAAUAGAGGAGGCAGCAUCGGAGGCCACCCCGGGGGAGGCGGAGGCCGCCCGGGUGGCAACGGUGGUGGCGGUGGCGGAGGGCAGCGCCGCCGCCGCCGCAGCGGAGGCUGCGGGGCCCCCCUUGGGGGAGACGGAUGCGGAUGCGGAUGCGGAUGCGGAUGCGGAUGCGGAUGCGAAGCUGGCGGCCGAGGUGGCGGCCGAGGUGGCGGCUGCUGCGGCCGCCGCGGAUGCAGAUGCGGAUGAGGCCCUCGGGGACUGGGAGGGGAACCCAGAUUUUCCGAUGGCCUCCCUGUACGUGGGCGACCUGCACCCUGAGGUGACCGAGGCAAUGCUGUACGAGAAGUUCAGUCCAGCUGGGCCCAUCCUCUCCAUCCGCAUCUGCAGGGACAAGAUCACCCGCCGCUCAUUGGGCUACGCGUAUGUCAACUACCAGCAACCGGUGGACGCCAAGCGGGCCCUGGAGACCCUGAACUUUGAUGUCAUAAAGGGCAGGCCAGUGCGCAUCAUGUGGUCCCAGAGGGACCCGUCGCUCCGCAAGAGCGGGGUGGGCAACGUCUUCAUCAAGAACCUGGGCAAGACCAUCGACAACAAGGCGCUGUACAACAUCUUCUCGGCGUUCGGCAACAUCCUCUCCUGCAAAGUGGCCUGUGACGAAAAGGGGCCCAAGGGCUACGGGUUCGUGCACUUCCAAAAGCAGGAAUCUGCGGAGCGGGCCAUCGAUGUGAUGAAUGGCAUGUUCCUGAACUACCGCAAAAUUUUCGUCGGGAGAUUCAAGUCGCAUAAAGAACGAGAGGCCGAAAGGGGAGCCUGGGCCAGGCAGUCCACUAGUGCUGACGUCAAGGAUUUCGAGGAAGACACCGACGAGGAGGCCACCUUGCGAUGAAGACAUCCCAGGAGCUAGCCAGCCAGCAGAGCCAAACCUUGGCUCACACCCGGUUUACAACCCCCCACCCCCAGCCCUCCCCCCGCCAACCCACCAGCAGUGUAUUUAUUGUGUUGGGAGUGCAGGUCUCUCUCUCCCUCUCUCCCCCUCUCUCUCCCCGCUUCCUAUUUUCUCCCUCCACCUCUCCUCUCCUUCCCUUCCUCUCCCCCGCCCACCCCUACCAAGGGCGUUGUGAAUAAUCUUACUAAUCUGUGCCAUUUGUAGGUUAAAGGCUGCCUCUUCUCCCUGUGGUUUGGUUUAAAAAGCAUUUUCAUUCUCUCUUUGUUUACUGCGCAGGUGAUACAAUUUCAUGGUAGCAUCAUCAGAAAGGAGAAGGAUAUCAGAUGAGGGAAGAAACAAGAGAGUAAUUGCUCCCCUGGUCCUACUCCCCAGAGAGAACCACUUUUACCUUUUUGGUGUGCUGCUUUUCCAGGCUCUCUUCUCUCCCUCUCUCUCCUUUGCUCACCCCCACCCCGCCUUCCCUUUUAACACACUGUUAUAGAAUGGUUCAUGUACGUGGUGUUUCUUAACCUGCUUUUUCAGCAACUAAAACCAAACAAAAAUCAACCCAUUGAACUUCUUUCCAUGUUACCAACAGGCUUAUGAAACGUCAUCUUCAGUGCCUGCAGAGUGCUUCAGUGUAUCCGUGGACCUUAACAUUUCUGUAAUCAUUCCCGCAUUGUUGGACAUUCAGGUGGUGCCUAGUUCUUUCCCUGUGUUUAAGACCAACAUUGCGUGCUCUGUGCUUUGAUGAGUGAAUCCAAUCUUUGCUAGCAUCCCGGUGGUCUCCUUAACUGCGGACUUGCAAGAUCCACAUAUAGACAUUUUAAAGACCUUUCCUGUGUGUUGCCAAAAGGCCCCCUUCAUAAGCAUUGUACCGAUUUGCACUCGUGCCGGCCAGCGCAGCUAGUAAAGAGUAUGCCCGUUUCCCCUG